AUGAAGCCGCCUAUUUCAUUGCAAACAAGUGAGUUUGACUCCUCAGAUGAAGAGCCUAUUGAAGAUGAGCAGCCUCCAAUUCAGAUAUCAUGGUUACCCUUGUCUCAAGUGAACUGGUCUCAAUUUCUUGGUUUAUGUGCUCUUCCAGGUUGUAAAUUUAAAGAUGUUAGAAGAAAUAUACAAAAAGAUACAGAAGAACUAAAGAGCUCUGGUAUACAAGACAUAUUUGUUUUCUGCACUCGAGGGGAGCUGUCAAAAUAUAGAGUCCCAAAUCUUUUGGACCUCUACCAGCUGAAGGGAAUGAUCACUCAUCAUCAUCCUAUCCCAGAUGGCGGGACUCCUGACAUAGCCAGCUGCUGUGAAAUAAUGGAGGAGCUUGCAGUCUGCCUUAAAAAUAACCGAAAAACCUUAAUACACUGUUAUGGAGGACUCGGGAGAUCUUGUCUUGUAGCCGCUUGUCUCCUCUUGUACCUGUCUGACACAGUGUCACCACAGCAAGCCAUAGACAGUCUGAGGGAACUCAGAGGAUCAGGGGCAAUACAGACCAUAAAGCAAUAUAAUUAUCUUCACGAGUUCCGGGAAAAACUAGCUGCACAUCUGUCUUCAAGAGAAUCACUAUCAAGAUCUGUAUCUAGAUAAAGAAUUUCAAAUAGUAUAACCAUGUCUGAAAU